GGUGGUUACCACAAAAACGGCGCUCAGCGUGUUCGCAAAGCCAUGCGGUUUCUUCCGGUCGUCCUGCUUCUGCUGGCGACCAGCCUUCUGGAGGCCCGGGCCGGCCAGGCUGACAGAUGGCCAAUGACAGAGCCUCUAACACAAGGGGCGGCUUCUAGCAGCAAUGCACAAGGUUUUUAUGUUCUGAGAAGACCACCUCGCUAUGACUCACCCCAGCAACCGGCGUCAUCUGAACCUCUCCGAAGUGGUGCUUCGCUUCGCCAAUGGAGCGACAACUUUCCGUCGAGUACGCAACCAGUCACAACAAGUGACCAGUACUACCAGACAAAAACUUCCGCGUCUUCGUCCCAGAGGUCCCAGAAUGCACCCGCAGCGGCUAGAUGGAAGUACUCUGGCUCCACCGAUGCUUGGCAAACGCGAAGUAACGGUAGGAAUGGCCAGGGCAGGGCGACAGAACGAUUCGAAGUCAGAAAGGCUAACGGAAGGUCCCACAGAAAGCCUGCUGAAUCGGGCAAGUCAAGCGCCAGUGCUGGCUGGGCAGUGGCCAGCGCACCAACCAAUAUCAAGCCCAAGAAUAUACUCGUCAUAGAUGCAGGUUACACAACCGGUAACAUACAAGAUUUCUUGAACUCGGGCUGGCCAAUGACGAAGCCAAAUGGCAACGGUUGGCAAAUGGCUGCCAGUAGCGGGGGGCAGGGUGCUAAUUCCAACGGUUGGCAAGCAGCGGCUAGUAGCGAUGGCUGGCAAGCAUCAAGCGACAGCGGCUGGCAGACAUCAGGCAAUGACGAACAGGUGUACACUGUCAAGACAGCGAGCAUGGACCACGCCGCGGGUCUCGAGGCGGACACGCCUCCUUUCUUUUCCGGUGCGGGUCCGAGCAACGGAAAUGGACACAUGGUUCCAGAGAAGCAAGUGUACAUAGUGAAGACCAUCAGCCACAGCCCGGCGCCAAGCCCGCCUGCAAUGGCUCCUGCGUGGCCUUCGGAUGAGUGGAGCGACGCGCCGGCGAAAUGGCCGUCGGAUGGCUGGAACGGAGCCAUGGACAUGCCAAUGGCAAUGCAGAAUGGUGGGAACGGCGGGAUUGGUCAACAGAUUCUUGCUUUACUAGGACAGAAGCAGGAAUUCAUAUUAAAGACUCUCCCAAGCCUCUUGCCAUCUGCGCAGCAGUCAGCGCCGUCUGACUGGCCCUCUGGCAACGGAAAGGCUUCCAAGAAAAACCCAUGGGGGUGACUUCAUCCAUGACACAUAGAAAAUAUAUAUUGUAAUGUUUCCUUUAAAUACUGAAAAUGGAAAAUGUGAAAACUCUCACUAUGGAAGGCAGCGCGAAAGACUACAGUUGAAUGAAAAAAUAAAGUUCCU